UCGCAAGAUGGCGUCCGCCACCCAGAACGGGAGCCGCCAUGUUGCCCUCCACAAAGCUUCCCUGUACGGAAAGGCACCAGCCCGGGAGCCUCGGGCUUGGCUCUUGGACAGGAAGCGGGACUGUUCGCCUUCAUGGAUGUGACAGGCGUGCCCUAUAAGCCAUAUUAGGCGUUUCGAGGCCAGGCAUCUGCCCUUUUGGAAGAGGGUAGAAAAUGAUGCAGUCCCAGAUUAUUCAGUUCCCAAACCAGAUGUCAUCUCCAAGCUGGAACAAGGAGAAGAUCCAUGGACCAUACAGAAAAACAUAUCAUAUUGGAUCUAUCCAGAUGGAAAUCGGGCACAUCAGAGACAAGAUUGGUUAUUUGCUUGCAUUAAUGGGCUCGCUUGUCUCAACUGCAGCUUCUGAUGAACACAGUGAUUUGCUCUGCUGCGUUAAGGAGUACUUCAAGAACUUUAGUCAAAAAAGUGCAAUCAUCUCUCAGGAAACAAGCAAUUCAGUUCAGUUGUGCCUGGCAAAAGGAGACAUUCAAGGUGCAUGCUCCAUAAUCAGGAAUGCAUUAAAAGAUAUUGAUAAGCUCCCACUCAGCAUCGCUGUGACUGGGGAGACGGGGUCAGGGAAGUCCAGUUUGGUGAACUCCCUGAGAGGGGUUGGACAUGAAGAAGAAGAUGCAGCCCCCACUGGGGCAGAGGAGACAACCAUGGAGAGAAGGCCAUACAAACAUCCAAGGUUUCCCAGUGUGACAAUAUGGGACCUACCUGGCAUUGGAACCGUUACUUUCCAGCCAAAAGAUUAUCUGAAGAAUGUCAAAUUUGCCGAGUAUGACUUCUUUAUUAUUGUUUGUGCAACACGCUUCAAGAAAAGUGACAUAGACCUGGCGAAGGCGAUCAAAGCUAUGAAGAAGAAUUUCUACUUUGUGAGAACCAAGGUGGACAUUGAUUUACAAAAUGAACAAACAGCUAAACCAAAUAGUUUUGACAGGGAAGAAGUCUGGAAAAAGAUUAGAGACACAGCUCAGCAGGAAUUUCGCAGGCAUAAUAUUGAUGCCAAAAUCUUCCUAAUAUCCAGCUUGAAGUUGUCUGAGUUUGAUUUCCCAAUCCUGAUGGACACCCUGCUAGAGGGUCUUAAUGCUCAAAAGCAUUACAUAUUCACACUUUUCCUGCCGAAUAUUACUGAGGCUGCCAUUGACAAAAAGAGAGACUCCCUGAAGCAGAUUGUCUGGCUAGAAGCCAUGAAGGCUGGGCUUCUGGCUACCUUGCCUGUGGUGAGCAUCAUUCAAGACCAAGAUGUGAAGAAACUGAAGAAGAGCCUUCACCAGUAUCAAUUGCAGCUUGGAGUGGAUGAUUUAUCUCUACAGAGUUUGGCUAAAGAUUUGAAAGUGCCUGUGAAAGAACUCCAAAAGAUCCUUAUAUCUCCUCAUUUGUUUGACACUGAGGAGAACCAAACAAUAGAGGAAAAACUUAGGAGGUAUUUAGAGGUAUUCAUUUCAGCCAUUGGUGGUCCUCCAGCUAUGUGGUUACACUUUGAGAAAGUUUACCUCUUGCAGGAGUAUUUCCUUGACAUAGUGGCUGCCGAUGCUAAAGCUCUCCUUAAAAUGUCAUAUUUGAAAAACUAAUUGACUUCCAAAUAGACUAAAAUCCUCUGGAUUUUUAAAUCCAGAUUCCUAGAGAAAAGUAGGAUAGUGCAUGUUUGCCAGCUCGCAUGCUGAGUUUCCUGAGGCCAUCCAAGC